AAAUAAAACGUUCUAUUUGUAGAUGUGAGGGGAUGUGAGCAGCGCUUUAAAGAGAGAAAGACACAGGGUAGAUAAAGCUUUACAAAGUAAAAACAUUCAAAUUUUCUACACAAUAAACAUUGGUUGUGUUUCGCUGUGAAAAGUGGAAAUAAGGUGUCUCGUUUUGGUUCCAGCUUGAAUCAUGUCUAUCCUUCAAAGUCUUGGUAAGAUUAAAGAAAUGAGAAACAGUGCUGUGGCUAAAGAAAAGCAAGCUAACUCGGAUUUUACUGUUGGAAAAUCAAAUGAAUCUUCAAAGAGGUUGCCAUUAACAACCCAACAACAGCCAUGUAACUCAGAGACAGGUAUUGGUGUUUUGGAUUUCGAUGCAGUUUCAACGGCAGUAAGUGAAAACAACGUAAAGACUAAAAGAGAACGAUAUUAGAAGUACACAGACGAAGAGAGAUUCAAUAUAGGAAAACAUACAGCAGAAUUCGGUGCAAAGAGCACAUUAAGAAAGUUCAAGGGACGAUUCCCAAAUUUAAACGAGAGUACCACACGUUCAAUGAGGGAGAAGUAUGAGAAAGAGAUAAGAUUGGCAAAUCUUCAAGGACGUGAUCCAGAGAUGAAGUUAAAAUCCGAGCGGCGUGGACGACCUCUUCUACUUGGACCAAUCGAUAUGUUAGUGCAGAAUUAUUUACGAGCUGUUCGAGCACGUGGUUGUGUGGUUUCGUUUACCAUUGCAGAAUCAGUUGCGAUCGCUUUGAUCAGAAAGCACCCGGAGCAUAACUUGGAUCACAUCAAAGUAACUGGCUCAUCUUUUGCACAAAGCAUCCUACGUAGAAUGAAGUUGGUGAGGCGGUUUGGAACCACUGGCAAAGUACAAAUCUCAGAAGAUCUUCGUCAGGAGCUCUCAAAGAGUUUUUGUAUGGUAUCGUAAGCAAAAUCGAAAAGCAUAAAAUACCACUCAAUGGUGCUGAACCUAGAUCAAACUCCUUCAAAGUAUGUUCCAACCUCGAAUAAGACCAUGGCUAAACAGGAAUCGAAAACCGUACCAAUUAAAGGGUCAACAGAUAAACGAUCUAUAACGGCAACCUUUACAAUCACACUGGAAGGACAUUUCCUUCCUAUUCAGCUGAUUUACGCUGAGAAAACAAAGAAAAGCCUGCCUAGAGUUGAUUUCCCAAAAAGCUUUAGUUUGAGUGCGAACCCCAAGCAUUACAGCAAUGAAACAGAAUCAAUUAGAUCUUGGAGGAUAUCAUAAUACCUUACGUCAAAAAAGAAAGGAAGAAAUUAGGUUUAAAGGAAGAUCAUUUCGCCCUCCUUUUCAUGGAUGUAUUCAAAGGCCAAAUGACACCCAAAGUGUUGAAUGUUUUAAAAAACAAUCACAUCUUACUUCAAAGUGUGCCUGCGAAUUUCACUCACCUCUUUCAACCCCUUGACGUCCAAGGUGGUCCUAACGGGUACGUCAAAAGAAUGAUGAAACAAAAAUUUUUGAAAUGGUACACUGCCAAGAUCAUGCAAGCUUUAGAUGCGGGUAAGCCUCUUGCCGAAAUAGAGGUGGACUUGAAGUUGUCGAUCGUAAAGCCCCUACAUGCCAAAUGGAUUAUAGAGGUCUACAAUCAAAUGACCUCGGAAGAAGGAAAAAAGGUCUGUUUGAAAGGGUGGCAGGUGUCAGGUAUUAAAGAUGCAGGCGACCAAGGGUUAUCUGAAUUACCAUCCCUGGAUCCAUUCGCAGAUAUAGAUCACAUGCUCGAGACUGGAAUUGACGAAAGUGAAGCUCAAAUCCAGUCAAAUUCUCUCUUGGAAGGCUCAAAGUACAUAAGUGAACCUGGAAGAGAUGGAGAGGAGGAAAGCGAUUGUGAGUAUGUUGAUGGGAUGAAGUUGAUGAUGACGAAGGAGACGAUCCUUUCAUUGACGAGUCGGAGUUGGAUGAUGAUGACGAAAAUGAGGAAUGAAGAUCAUAAGAUUUUUUUUCAUUUACUGUAUUUAGGUAGACUUUCUAGAAAACAUAUUACGAGUUCAACUCUUCAUUUUAAUUAUAAGCUCUAGUAACCUCCUAAAAGUACUUUCUUUGAAGUUUUUUGAAAGCUUUUAAGUGACUUUGUCUGCCUUUGUUCGAUUAAAAAACACACAUCUCUUUUCUAGUUACAAUUUAUAUAGUCGCGAAAUUAAAUAAAAAAGGCCUAAUUCGCGAAAUUUAAUCCACGCGAAAUCUUUAAUUUCUCGUCUCGAGAAAAGUAGUACACGCGAAAAUUUAUCCACUUAAGGUAUUUUUCGUUAUGUGUUUGAAUAAACUUCACUGGAGGUUCACUAGCGAGGGUUGUGGAAGUUGCUAUAAGCUCGACACAAGGAAAACCAUAGAAUUAGCAGGGCUAGAAAGCCUAUAAAACCGAUGGGAUUUUCAAUAAAUCAACAGGACCCAACGAUUUAGCAGGAGAUUGACACAGUACAAGGAAGGGUUGGUGAUAGCAAUACUUGGAGUCAUGGUAUUGAAAGUAAUAGAGUGGUAUUUCAAAGUUGGAUGCAGAAAAAAGCAGAAUUAUACAUAGUUACUAAGAUAAUGUUCAAAGAGAAGAGAUUUUAAUUGGGCUUUAGACAAGGACCUAAAGUUUUUAUUGGUUUUUAAUUGCAGAUUGUUGUCAUGAGUGCAUUUAUGUGUGAUUGAGUUUGAGCCAUAAUUAAUGGUUUUGGGAUAUGGAAUAGAAAUAUUUGUGAGGGCAGAUCUGGUGCCAUAGGAAUGAAAACUGAAGAUGGGUUGUGCAAAAUCCUUAAAUGCAGUAGGAAGCUUGUUAUUGAAAAGGUCAUGUAGAAGCAAGUUUAGAGUGGUUAAAUAGUCAGAUACUUUUAAGAUGCUUGAUUUUUUGUACAGUAGAUUGGAUGAUUCACAUUGAUUUUUAAAAUGUAUUAUUCUUAGGGCUUUAUUUUGGAGAACAUAUAUAUUUUUUGUUUAAGCAUGUUGUUACUCUGUGCCCACACUUGAAGUCCGUAAGUUAGAUGCCAUUGGAAGAUUACAUAAUAGAAAUUUAUGAGAGUUUCUUGCGAGACAAAGUACCUCAUUUUAGCUAAUAUACCGACGGCACAACUAAGCUUUGAAGUGACUGCAUUCAUAUGUUUCUCAUACUGUAAAUGUUCACCUACAAUCAUGGCCAAAACCUUAUGAAAUUCUACACAAUAUUGACAUAAUCUAGCUAGCCCCCCUUCCCCCCAGCUACAAAGUUGAUGUUGAAACAAGGCCAGCUGCUUAUCUCAACUUUGUACAUGGGGGAAAGGUAGAUUUGACAGAAAAUUCCAAAGGUUUUGGCCAUGAUUGUCUGCAAAAUGUUACUGUGUUGACAUAUACUAAUAUCCUUAAUAAAGAAGAUGGGUUGCCCUGAAACAUAAGUUUUACUUAUUUUCGUGUGAGACAGGGAAGUGUGGGGUGCUUCUUAACCGGAAUAGUUCUAAGUGAAUAACACUCUAGUUCCUAGGCUUCUGUAUAUUGUAGGUAAACAAACGAAUAUACAUGUACAUAACAAUGAUAUGAACUUUACUGUAUAAUACUAUUUUCCUUUCUUUUACAGCUGAAAAUAAAAAUGACAACAAAAACAAGAAAUCAACGUGAACCGAUGCCACAGGCGGUAUCUUUGGUUUUGCGGUACCUUCACCAAGAGAAGGGUGAAACGUUGGCCCACCUACAGACACUGUACCCACAGUACUCUCGAACAACAAUUUACAGACACAUGAAAAAACCUGUGGCAGCGAUUCCUGCUGCUAACAUAAACACAACGAAAAAGAAUUGUGUUGGCCCACCGACAGAGACAAAAGAAAAAUAGUUGCCUCACUAUUGAAAUUACGGGAGACCGAAGGAAAUUUUUGCUCGACUGACAUCCAGCAUGAAGCGUGUAUAUCAACUAAAGACAUAUCAAAUAGAACUGUUAGAAGGUAUUUACACGAAAUGGGAUACACAUAUGCACAGUGUCGGCGUAAAGGACAAUUGUCUAAAAAAGACUUGAGCGAACGGUUAAAGUUUGCUCGAAGAUGUAAACGAUUACCGUCUACUUUUUGGAAGGAGGGAAUCGCAUUUUAUUUGGAUGGUACAUCGUGGGUACACAAAACUAAUCCCAGUCAACAUGCGCGCACCCUGCGUUCAAGGACAUGGAGGAAACAUGGUGAAAGUUGAAGUCGUCAUUGCACUGCGAAAGGAAAAAAAGAAGGCGUUGGAGGCAAAGUAGCAAGAUUCAUGGUCACAAUUUCUUAUGGAGCUGGCACUAUCAAAUGCAAUCACUACACAGGAAAUGUAAAUGCAGAAAUGUGCGCAACCUUCAUCCGUGAGCAUUCUCCAAAUAUGUUCGCAAAAUCGGCAAACCAAAGAGGUAUGUUAUUUUUGCAAGAUGGGGAUCCAUCCCAAAACAGUGCCCUUGCACGUGCUGCAAUGGAUGAUAUAGGGUGUAGAUUAUUUAAGAUACCUGCUCGAUCCCCAGACUUGAAUCCAAUAGAAAAUGUGUUUCACUUGGUCGGUAAGCAAUUGAAAAAGGAGGCAAUAGACACUGGCAUCACAAAGGAAAGCUACGAACAGUUCUGCAGAAGAGUAAAACGUACCAUUGUGAACUUUCCAGCUGACGUGAUAAACCGUACAAUUGAAUCUAUGCCGAAACGUCUGGAUAUGAUAAUCAAAAAUAAAGGAAUAAGAACAAAAUAUUAGCAGACACCCCUUGGAUAAGACAAAAGUAUGUUUGUUUUGUUUUGAAACUGCCCAUUUAGAGUUUUCUUGUUGUUUUGGUGAUGCUGUAUUUGUGCAUCAACUUCUGUUUUGUGCAUACCAUUUUAUAUCAUGUUUAUAUAAGAACAUAACAUAUAUAACAAAACCA